UCCACCAGGUGGCUAUACUGAGGCCAGACCUCAAAAAGGUUUUUAUUGAUGUGCUCAGACAGGCAUAGGGGACCACCCCUUUCGCCUACUUAUUUUGAGUCAAUAUGGUUUAGUUUUGAAGCAUAUGGCUGGUUCAAUGUCUAACAUUCAGUGUUUUAUUGAUAGGAGUGAAGGUAGGAGUAUGUUAAGUGUGUGAGAGAUAGACAAGAUGAAAAAGAAAGAACAGAGACAAUGGGAUGUAGGGACUGGCAUAGGAUAGACUUAAUCUAACUCUGAAAUACGAUGUUACCUGUUAGAAAUCGUAUCGCCAUCUGUUUUUUUUUAUGUGGGUAUUAUGUUGUGCAGAUUUGUUCAGAUUAGCUGGGACCCGGCCUUACAAUGCAGCUUUGUUGCAGAAACAGAUUAGCACAUCAAGUGACCAGAGGUGUAGGAUUCUCCUUCUAUUUUCCUUCCCUACUUUUCCUUCUCCAUUCUCUCCCGAGCCUUCCACCACACAACUCAGAAGGCAAUUCUUUUAGACAUGUGACCAAAUUAGCCCUAUGGUCUUGACCUCCGGAUCAGAGGGGUUUCUUCAUGUGGGCCGAGGCCAGCCCAUCUGGCCAGUGAGGAGCAGCGAUGACAGUGACCUACUCACGCACGGUUGCUGACGCUCGUCUUGGAACCUUCUCUGCUCUGCUUCUGCGGUGGAAGGGCAGCAUCUACAAGCUGCUGUACAAGGAGCUGAUCAUCUUCAUCGUCCUGUACUCCUUCUUCAGUGUCCUUUACAGGUUUGUGUUGACCGAUGACCAGAGGAGGCUGUUUGAGAAGUUGUCUAUGUACUGUGAUCGCUAUGCAGAGCUUAUCCCAGUCUCCUUCGUACUGGGGUUCUAUGUGACGUUGGUAGUGUCUCGCUGGUGGGGCCAGUUUGAGAGUGUGCCCUGGCCUGACCGCCUGUCAGCUUUGGUGGGCGGCCAUGUCUGUGGGACUGAUGAGACCGCAAGGCUAACACGCCGCACGCUCAUGCGCUACGCUAACCUCUCCGGUGUGCUCAUCUAUCGCUCAGUCAGCACGGCUGUCUACAAGAGGUUUCCCACCAUGGAGCACCUGGUGCAGGCAGGCCUGAUGACAGUAGAGGAGCUGAGGCAACUGGAGGAUUUGCCGUCUCCUCAUAAUAAGUUCUGGGUUCCCUGCAUGUGGUUUGUCAACCUGGCUCUGAGGGCUCGCACUGAGGGCCGCAUCAACAAUGACGUGGCGCUCUCUUCCAUCUUCGCCGAGCUGAACAGUUUGCGGACCCGUUGUAUGAAGUUGUACGGUUAUGACUGGAUCAGUCUCCCCCUCGUCUACACUCAGGUGGUGACUGUGGCCGUCUAUAGUUUCUUCUUGGCUUGUCUGAUUGGCCGUCAGUUCCUGGACCCAAGUCAAGGUUACCCUGGUCACGACCUAGACUUCUACUUCCCUGUUUUCACCCUCCUGCAGUUCUUUUUCUAUGUUGGCUGGCUUAAGGUGGCGGAACAACUAAUAAAUCCAUUUGGCGAAGAUGAUGAUGACUUUGAAACUAACUGGCUAGUUGAUCGCAACUUACAGGUGUCUCUGCUGUCUGUGGAUGAGAUGUAUGACAGCGUCCCCCACAUAGAGAGGGAUAAGUACUGGAACGAGUCUGAGCCCCAGCCGCCUUACACUGCAGCCAGCGCUGAACACCGCAAGCCCUCCUUCAUGGGCUCUGCGCUGGACAUCAGUUUGCCUAAAGAAGAUAUGGAGUUUCAGUCCAACCUUGAGCAAAUCAAGGAACAUGAAGAGGCUAAUUACUCCACCCCGCUGCUGGGAGGCCUGGGACGGCUUCUGGGUGUACAGUCCCCGAACUUCCCUCGCGCCUCCACUUCCUCCAGAGUCUCUCUUCUACGUCGCCGCCCUCGAGCACCACUAAGCCGUUUCCCCCUUUACCUGCACCAGGAGGUCCCUUCCAGCCUCGGCCAGGCCCGCCAGCCCUCGGGCCAGGAGAGGGAUCCUGACUACGCCUUCUCCUCCAUGCCUCUGUACGAGCGUCCUGGUUUCUACAGCUGCCCACAAACACCCAUACACUGCGUGCCCCCCGCGGUGCCCCGGCCACGCCCGGCGCGCCGCCCCCAGGGCGACUGGAACCGCAGCUGCAGCUCUCUGGCUCCGCCCGCCGUGGGCUCUCAGCUUCUGCCUCCAGACACACCCGGUCAUCAUCUCCCACCGUCCUCUGCCUUCCCCUGGCUGACUGAGGACGGGGAGGUUCCCAGCGUCCCUGCCUUCUCCUUCCCUGACCCUGCUCCGGAGCUCUGCCCCAUCUCAAAACUCCGACCGGCCCAGGGGCUGCUGUCUCGACGACCCUUGCCCCCGUGCCUCAAGCUUGACACUCCACCAUGGACUGAAGGUUCGACAGGGCCUCAAGCAGGGCCCCUCAGUGCACGGGGCGGAGGGGAAAGAGUCUUCUCAUUCACCCCUCCCUCACGCACUCCAGCGUCAAAUACCACCAACAGCAACAACAGCAUCAACACCAUAAACACCAACAGUACUACGGCAAACCUCUGCAAUGGUUCGAACCAAAACUUUUGUAACCCUGCCAAUGUUACCAACAGCACUCGAGCAAGUAACAGUGGCACCAAUGGAAGUCUAAGCAAUAAUGUGAAUACUAUCUGUACAUCCGGAUCACCUCAGCAAGCAGACAAUCAGCAACAUUUGCCUAAUGAUUCAGGAAUUUCAUUCACUGAGGCAGACAUGCUCAAAGCACUGGUGAAGGAUAGUGGUAUGAACAAGGUUCCCAGAGGCAAGGACCAGGACUGAAAAAGUCAAGUAACUCUUCUUGGCAGAUUGAUACUAGCAAUUCUUCAAUUUUUACCAGCUGUAAGUCUCUCAUGGAAAACACACCUGAUAUUGAUCAUCACUGAUUAGACAGGAACACGUGUCCUGUGAUCACUACAGAAAACUGUUUUAUAAAGUUGGUUGAUGAAAACACUUCCACUAGAAUUAGUAAAGUGUGUACAAUAUGUCGUUAAGUCCAAUACGACCGAAAGCUAUAUAUUUUUAAAGACCUUUUUACGAUAUAACGACUUUGCAAGAACAAUCAGUAAGUGGAGUUGGUAGGAAAAGCAGCAUGUUGAAAAGAAAAUCACAAACAUUUCAUGUCAUCAUCUGUAAUGAGUUUCACAUACACCUAUAAUGUUUCUGUAUAAAGCUCAUUGGUCAAAUUAGGGGUACUUUGUUCUUAAAUAAAUAUUCUUCAAAAGCAAUCCUUAAAAGAAGAUUUUACAUUUGCAUUACUUUCGACUUAUGUCUUCAACUUAAGCAGACAAAUUAAAGACAGCUAAGUGAUCUAUCCCUUAUAACAAUUAAUUUUUUAUAACUUAUAGUCCAAACAUAUACACAAUGCAAUUCAACUUUGUCCCACUGUGUUUUGGGGAGCUGAAACUGAGAACUGUCCCUUCUAAUACAUAGUGUGAUUCCUGCAAUAAUCUGGCAUGGCCGACUAAAGUUUUACAUAGAUCAUGACUACAGUUUAGACUUGAAGACAAAAUGGAGGUAAAA